AAAGAAUCAGUGCGUGUCACGUUCCAAGUCAGGUGUCCUUGAAUGUAAAUGUCAAUUUGACCUUCUGUGACCUGGGACAAUGAGUAUCAGGUGUCUUUAAAUAAAAAAUUCAUAUUGUAUCUUUCAUAUUAUUGAUUUGUACCAUUUUGGUGUAUGUGAGUCUGUAUGUAGAAGGUUCAAGGUAUAUCAAGUGUUGUCAUAAAUUGUUAACUGGAAUAUAUAACAUGUACUGGCUUCAUGCCUUUAAGGGUAGACAUUUCACUGGCUAAUCUUUCAUUUACACAAUGUUGCUUUAUCUUUACAGAGGGACUUCUGAUAUUGGGGGACUUCGGUGAAUUUGUUUACAAAUGUUUGGACUCGGAAUGUGACAAGAUCUUCAACAAUACGACACUCUGGAAACCAUUGCGUCGUCACAUGAAUGAAAAACAUGGAAAGGAAUUGUUUGAGUGCACAAAAUGUCAGAAACAGUUUCCCCUGUACUUUCGAUACACCUCUCAUGUGUUACAUGUGCACCAAGGUGUAAAGAGGAGUGACUUCAAAGUGUCUGUACCUUGCGAGAUAUGUGGUAAGGUAGUGUUAAGAGAGCGGAUGAUGGCCCAUAACAAGACAUUUCACUGGGAUAAGAUUGAGAAAUGUGAACUUUGCGGUAAAACUUUCCAGUGUGAACAAUACCUGAAACUUCAUAUGGAAACACAUAGCGAUAAACUGUAUUUGUGCACGAUUUGUGGCAAGAGUUUCCAGCGCAAUCAAAGCUUAGUGAUGCAUAUCAAUAUAAUACAUUUGGGUGCAAAGAAAUUCUCAUGUCCAACAUGCGAUAUGAAGUUCAAAUACCGGGAGCAGUUGCAAAAUCAUUAUAUCAAUCAACCAAUGUGUGUACCGUAUUGUGUGGAGAAGGGAUACCAGUGUAAUAUAUGUGGCAAGUUCUGUACCAGUGAUGCUCAUUUGAAGUUACAUGAAGCGCGUGUUCAUAAUAACAUUCGCUAUAAGUGCAUGAUUUGCAAUAAGAAAUUCUUAAGGGCCAAAGAAUUGAAUUUUCACAUUAAGAAGAUCCAUGAGAAGCCAUUCCAAUGUUCCUAUUGUGGGAAACGAUUUGGAACACGAGGGUUUCUGAAGACCCACUCUUACACACAUACAGGAGAGAAGCCUUUCACAUGUGAAUUGUGUGGAGUCAGUUUUGCUGGAAGUGGGACUCUAUACAGACACAAGCAAGGGAAGUCUCACCUUGAUAAUGUCAACAGGACAAAAUACGGAAUGAUGGGUGGCUACCAAGCAGCUCAGCCUCCAGCUGCUGAAAACUUUGUACAACCUGAGAGUGAAAUCAGUCCGCAUAGUCUAGCAACAUCAUCACAGCGUGAAAGUAGUGUCGUUCGGGACGAUUUGGUGACACAGUUACAGCGUGAUAGAAAUAAUACCCAGGAAGAAUUAAUCGCAUCAUUACAGCGUGAAAGAAAUAUUGGCCAAGAACAUAUAAGUUCACCAUUACAGCGAGAAAGAGAUGUUAGCCAAGAAGAUUUAAGUGCGUCAUUACUGCGUGAACGAAAUAUUGGCCAAGAACAUUUCAGUGCAUCAUUACAGCAUGAAAGAAAUAUUGGUCAAGAACAUUUCAGUGCAUCAUUACAGCAUGAAAGAGAUAUUGGUCAAGAACAUUUUACCGCAUCAUUACAACGUGAAAGAAAUAUUGGCCAAGAAGAUUUAACCGCAUCAUUGCAGCGUGAACGAAAUAUUGCCCAAGAACCUUCAGCCACAUCAUUACAGCGUGAAAGAAAUAUUGGCCAAGAAAAUAUCAGGCAAGAUUUAAGUGCACCAAUUCAGCGUGAGAGAAAUAUCAGUCAAGAACAUUUAAGUGCACCAUUACAGCAUGAAAGACAUAUUGGCCAGGAAAAUAUCAGCCAAGGUUUAAGUGCAUCAUUUCAGCGUGAAAGAAAUAUCCCACAAGACAAUUUAAUUCCAUCAUUACAGCAUGAAAGCAAUGUUGCUCAGCACAACCUAGUGUCAACGCUACAGCGUGGAGACAAUAUUGUUAAUGAUAAUUUAACUGGGCCGUAAAUGUCAAUGCCCAUGAAUACAUUGAAUGGACCAAUUAGGCUGGCCUAAAUGUAUUUAGCUUAUUUAUCAAUACUACGAAUAGGAAUUCUGUAAAUACUAAUAAACAUAAUUAAUGGUUUAAUUUCUGAUCUUGUUUCAUAUCUCAGAUGAUAUCUCCUUAUCAAAUAAGUCUUGUUAAUAAAAUAAGACAACCUAUGAUUUCAAGUUUCUCUUCCACAGUCUUACUUUUUGAAGAAAGGGGAAUUUUAAGAACGAUUGUAAAACAUUCAAACAUGAGCGUUCUCUAAUUGAGUUUCAUGAACCUCAAUUCAUGAUUCUCUGAACAAUAGCCCAUUCAAUAUGGUGAAAUUCUACACUAGUUGGGCAGAAUGUGUCCGUUCAUGCUUUGUACGACAUUCUAACCAACUCGUGCUGAGUUUCACAUAUUGAAUGGCCUAUCAUUAUUUAUUCCUAAAUAAUUGCAAAUAUAAGGUGAAAUUUCAUUAAGCUAUAUACAGAAAUUACAUUCUCUAUGGCGGCCAUG